GCCGCGGUGACUCCCCGGCUGCUCCGCGCUGCCCCGCGGCUCGGCCAGCCGGCUCCACCUGAGCGGCCUCCGCCUGCAAACCCCACCCCUGGCCGCUCCCCCGCCGGCCAGGCCCGGCCCAUGGCGAGGAGCUCGGCGGGCUGCGCUGCGGCUCGGGGCGGCCGCUUCCUGCCCGCGCCAGACCGGUCCGCAGGUAGCGGCGGCCGCAGCUCGGCCGCGCCAUGCGUGACUACGAUGCGGCCACCGCCUUCCUGGGCGAGUGGGGCCGCUUCCAGCGCCUCGUUUUCUUCCUCCUCAGCGCCAGCAUCAUCCCCAACGGCUUCAACGGGCUCUCCAUCGUUUUCAUGGGCGGGACCCCCGAGCACCACUGCAUCAUACCGCCCGAGGCCAACCUGAGCGCCGAGUGGCUCAACGCCAGCAUCCCGCUGGAGAUGCAGGACGGGCAGGCGGCUCCGAGCCAGUGCCGCCGCUACCGCCUGGCCGCGCUCCGCAACUUCUCGGCGCUGGGGCUGCGGCCCGGCUCCGACGUGGAGCUGAGCUCGCUGGAGCAGGAGCCGUGCCUGGACGGCUGGGAGUACAGCCGCGACGUCUACCACUCCACCAUCGUCACCCAGUGGAAUCUGGUCUGUGACAACGACUGGAAGGGACCUUUGAGCACCUCCAUGUUCUUCGUGGGAGUCCUGGUGGGCUCUUUCAUAUCAGGACAGCUGUCAGACAAGUUUGGCAGGAAGAGUGUGCUGUUUGCAACUCUGGCAAUGCAGACUGGCUUCAGCUUCAUACAGGUCUUCUCUACCAGCUGGGAGAUGUUUUCAGUGUUGUUUUUGCUGGUCGGCAUGGGACAGAUCUCCAACUAUGUGGCAGCGUUUGUUCUGGGCACAGAAAUUCUUGGCAAAUCCAUUCGUGUGCAGUUCUCCACUCUGGGUGUUUGCAUAUUUUAUGCUUUUGGCUACAUGUUGCUGCCACUGUUUGCUUACUUCAUCAGAGACUGGAGGAUGCUGCUGCUGGCACUCACCUUACCUGGGCUCCUCUUCAUCCCACUCUGGUGGGUCAUUCCAGAAUCUCCGCGGUGGUUGAUCUCCCAGGGAAGAUUUCAAGAGGCAGAAGACAUCCUCCGAAAGGCUGCAAAAACUAAUGGCAUUACAGCCCCAGAUGUCAUACUUGACCCUAGUGAGCUGCAAGAUGUGAAUUCCCAGAAGCAGCAGACCUACACCAUUUUGGAUCUAAUGAGAACCCGAAACAUCCUAACCAUCACCAUCAUGUCAGUGCUUCUUUGGAUGAUAAUCUCUGUUGGUUACUUUGGACUUUCCCUCGACACCCCUAACUUGCAUGGAGACGUCUACCUGAACUGCUUCCUCUCAGCAGUGAUCGAGAUCCCAGCCUACAUCGUCUCCUGGCUGCUGCUCCAGCACCUGCCGCGACGGUACUCAAUGGCUGCUGCCUUGUUCUUGGGAGGCUGCGUUCUGCUCUUCAUUCAGCUGGUGCCUUCACAUGUCCGUGCAGUCUCCAUCCUGCUGGUGAUGCUGGGCAAGUUUGGGAUCACCUCUGCCUUUGCAAUGGUUUAUGUUUACACAGCAGAGCUCUACCCAACAGUGGUGAGAAACAUGGGAGUUGGAGCAAGCUCCAUGGCCUCCAGGCUGGGCAGCAUCCUCUCACCUUACUUCGUUUACCUCGGUGCCUAUGAUCGAUUCCUGCCUUACAUCCUGAUGGGGAGCCUGACUGUGCUCUCAGGAAUCCUGACUUUAUUUCUGCCAGAAAGCUAUGGUAUGCCUCUUCCAGACACCAUUGAGCAGAUGCUGUUGGUGAAAGGAUUAGAGUACAGACCUGCAUCUAGCAGCAAGAGGGAGUCCAAGGAGGAAGAAGAACAUCCAGAGAUCUGUAAAAGCACAGCUUUCUGAUGGAACUCCUCUGUACUUCCUGGGGGACUGAAAGUGAAAUGGACUUCUCUUCUAAAAUUCAUUCUAGAAAGGGCUAGUGGCAGCACUUUGUUUCCUGUAAUUUUAACCUUAUUUAUUAAUUUAAACACUGUGUUCCCUACAUUCUCUUUUUAUAUGAACAUAAACCACUGUAAAGCCUUCAGUGAGAUGCUUCAGCCAGGGUUGUUUUGGUGCAGUUGUGCCGUGGGACGGUAUCUGAUCAACUCUUUGUGGCUUUUUAAGUGUAUAGUUCAGCUGAAAGAUACUUGAAAAUGAGUUCAAGGGCUGCCAGGGUACCUGAAUUCCUCAGUGAAGCUCAUCCAGAGCACAUCAAGAGGGGCAAAUUGCACAUCAAGAGGGGCAAAUUGCACAUCAAGAGGGGGAAAUUGCACAUCAAGAGGGGAAAAUUUGCCAGGAAAAAAAAAAAGCUGCUAAUUGGUUUUGGUUCUUUGAUUUCUGUCUCUGGACAGGAAAGUUUCUUUAUUCUAAGGCUGGUUGUGAGAAGAUGCCUCUGUGGUCUUGCCCAAAUGAUUUUGCACGUGGUGGAUUUGUUACCAAAUUCAGGAAGAUGCAAAAGAAAGACUUGGAGAGUUCAUUUUAACCUGCCAUGGUUUAACUCAGCAUGGAUUGGAAGCAUUUCCUUGCACAAAAAGAAAGGGAUUGGUAGCACUGAAGUUCCUGCUCACAAAAUCCACUUGGUUGCUGUGCUGGUUUUCAGCUGUACCUGUGUGAUGGGAGGUGUUUACAUCUGACCCUGCUUCCAGGCUCUUAUUUAUUUGAAGUGCUGUAAAAGGUUUCAUCUGUGUGUGGAGGCAGCACUUUUAGUUUAAGGUUUCUUCCCUUUUAUUUAACAGGCUGGGAAGAAUCCUCCUGUCUUUGUGCUUUUCACACACAUGCUCAUAACCUUAGAGGUAAAUCUUGUGCUGAUGUACACCUCUACAUCAACCUCAUGGUGGGAACGUGCUGAGAACAAAAUUGAGACUCUCUUUCUGCCUGCUGCUUCUCAUUCCUCAAGUGCCAACUAUACAAGCUCUGCUCUUAGGUUUGUUAUUUCACUGAGCUCAUGUCACCAGUGACUUGUUUUCAAUUUGUUUAUAUAAAAGAGCCCUGAAACCACAAAUCUUUUGACAGUCUGCCAAGGAAUUGCUCCUGGGGUGGUGGAAUCACCCUUGGCAUCACCUGUGUUUCUUUAAAUCGAUAUAAUAUAUACAUCCACUCAGUCUUGUCUGUGCUAUCCUGGGUUUACUGUCAGAGCUGAGUCCUGAAGGACUGCUCUCUCCUGGCACUUUGUGCUUUGUUCUGUCUUGUUACAGACUUCAUAAACAGAAACUAAACCUUUGCAGACACAGCUUUAGGGACUUCACUGUGCUGCAGCAGCUGGUUGUGGAAACUUUGUGUUCUCCUGCUGGAUUUGGGUAGGUGACAUCACUAAUUUCCCUUAGCUAUGAUCCCUUUUUCUGUCCUGGCUGAUCAGCUGCAGUAGCAGGACUGAUUUCUGCCCAUAGGACCUAAACCUUUGCAGCCACAGCUUUAGGGGCUUCACUCUGCUGCAGCAGCUGGUUGUGGAAGCUUCGUGUUCUCCUGCUGGAUUUGAGUAGGUGACAUCACUAAUUUCCCUUAGCCAAGAUCCUUUUCUCUGUCCUGGGUGAUCAGCUGCAGUAGUAGGACUGACUUUUGCCCAGCAGACUGCUGCUCAUGGAGACAAGAAGAAAGCACUGUGCAGGCUGUAGGGGUUUCUUGUUUAAAAUAUAGCUUCUUUUGUUUAAUCUUUAGGGGGUUAAGUUAAACUGUUGUGGUUUGGCUUGUUUAAACUCUAGGAGUUUCUUUCAUUUAAAUGACAGUGGUUUGUAUCAUUUAAGUUCUUCCCUCCCCCUGUCUGGGGCUUUUUCUCAUUGCAUUUUCAUUUCUCUUGCAAUUUUUUUUUUGUCUCAUUGCAUUUGCAUUUUCCUCAUUUCUCUCUGCAGUUUUUCACCUGCUCACUUAGUGAUUUCUGGAUGCAGCAGGAAAUUGCAAGGUCAGGGAACGACACCAAGAAACACAGAAUCAUCGUAGAAUGGGUUGGAAGGGACCUUAAAGAUCAUCCAGUUCCAAGUCUCCUGCAAUGGUCAAGGACAUCUUCCACGAGCAACCUGUUCUAGUGAGAGGUGUCCCUGCCUAUGGCAGGGGGUUGGAACUGGGUGAUCCUUGAGGUCUCUUCCAACCUUAACCAUUCUAUGAAGUUGCUCAAGACCUCAUCCAGCCUGGCCUUGAACAUCUCCAGGAAGGGAACAUCCAUAACCUCCCUGGGCAACCUGUGCCAGCCACCCUCACUGCAAAGAAAGUAUUCCUAAGCAUUGUGUUGUGGCCCCAUCAGCUCCUCCAAGGAAAGCAACCCCAAAGUUCGGGCAGGUUCAGUGUCACUCCUGUUGCAGAGUUUGAGAGGCCUUUGGCCCUUUGCUUUCAGGCUGCCUGUAACUUGAAGCUAGUGCAAGAGCUGAGAUUUUGCCAACCUUGCUGCACAUCAUCUUAACACCCUUGACAUGAGCAAACAGAUGUCAGGAGGGAGCAUGUAGCAGCCAAUCUCCCUUGCCCAGCAGAAGGCAUGAUCAGAUCUGCCAGGCUGAUCACCUCUUUGCCACGCACACUGCAAACCCAAGAGGGUGUUUGGAAACUUGGCCAGGGGCACUGUCUUUGUAAACCUUAUUCCUAGGUACUGGGACCUUGAGAAGCAGCUUCUCUCCUCCCUGGUGCAGAAGAAUUAUCUGUGGUGGACCACAGGAAUUUGAGGCAAAAGUCUUUUUAGCUGCAGCUUCCUUGAUAAUGAAUUUGCCAAUGUAAAUAACCACGUCCCUUAAGCCUCUUCCAGCAAACUCCCCCAAAAACAUCCUGCAGUGUAGGAUAUGAACUCCCCUGGCACAUGUCUGAGCUUGGAAAUUCCUGUCCUGAACCACAGAGUCCACAGCUGAUUUUAGGCAGCAUUCCUUAACCACUGCUUUAUCCAGGUAUGUGCCUUGACGCUCAGACUCCUCUCCUUGAGCAUUUCAAUGCCCCAGUAUUUAUUUAAGUUGGGUUUGGAGGUUAGGUUUUCCUUCCCUUUCUUAAUCCAAAUUGGGUAAUUUCCUACCCCAGAACACAAUGGCAGUCUCUUUGUAGCCAAAAAAAAAACCCAGAAAUGAACUACAUGUCUGACCUUGCUUAUCUUUAUAACAACAAAGAGCAUGAGUCAGAAAUGCAGACUACAUUUAACAAAGCACAGAGGCUUUUGUUUGCCUUUUUCUUCCCCCUCACCCCCCCUCCUUUUCAUGCUUCUCUCCAAAUCAAAAAGUUUGUUGUUGUAGGCAGAAUCCAGCUACUAAGAAACUGAGAGAAGGUUUUAAUCAUUAGAAUGCUUUGGGUUAGAAGGGACCUUAAAGAUCAUCAAGUUUCAACCCCACUGCACUGAGCAGGGAUGUCCUCCACUAGAGCAGGUUGCUCAAAGGCUCAUCCAACCUGGCUUUGAAUGCUUUCAGGGAUGUAUAAGUGGCAUGCAGAUAGCUAUAGAUAGAGCCUCCCCCUAUGGGGACAGGCUGAGAGAGUUGGGGCUGUUCAGCCUGGAAUAAAGAUGGCUCAGAGGAGACCUUAGAGCAGCCUUCCAGUAUCUGAAGGAAGCCUACAAAAAGGCUUGGGAGGGAGGACUUUUGACAAGGGUUUGUAGUGAUAGGAUGAGAGGGAUGGAUUGAAGCUGGAAGAGACCUGAGCUGGUUUAGACUGGGGGUUAGGAAGACAUUCUUUUCAGUGAGGGUGGUGAGACACUGGAACAGGUUGCCCAGGGAGGUUGUAGAUGUCUCCUCCCUAGAGGUGUUCAAAGCUGGGUUAGAUGAGGCCCUGAGUGGUCUGGUUCAGUGGAAGGUGUCCCUGCCCAUGGCAGGGGAGCUGGAACUAGGUCAUCUAGUGACACUUUGUAAGGGGGAAGGGACAGGAUUUGCCUUGGAAAGAGGAGUUCUGAUAAACCUAUGGGAUCUUUCUACUGUGGAGGAAGAUACUUGCCAUUCAGGCUGACUUUAAACUGGGCAAUAGUGCAUGGUCUUGGUGCCCAUAACUUUGUCACAGUGCCCUUAGCCUGGUCUUGGAAUCUAUAAUGUCUUUUUGGUGCUCAGAACCCAAUCUUGGUGUCCAUAACCCUGUCUUGGUGCCCUUAGCCUGGUCCUGGUGCCCAUAGUGUGGUCUUGGUUGCCUGUAACAUGAUGUCUUUUGUGCUCAUGACCUGGUUUUGGUGCCUGUAACCUGUAGCACAGGUUAUACAAAAUGUCCUGGCGAGACAAAAUUCUCUGUUGUCAGAGAGCAAAGCUCACUACAGUGUCUUCACUGAAGCAAGCAGCAUGUGGCCUGGAGAUGGACACUAGGAUCCUUUCCUUUCCAGCUCUUAGACUGACUUCUUUCAUCAUCCAGGGCAUGUUGCAUAAUCCUGGGAUUUCAGUUUCCCUGCUUGCAAGUGGCAAUAACUUGAACUCAAAAGGUGCCAGGAUUGCUUGUGCUGUCCACGCUCCACAGCCUGCAGUUGUCAGAUUCUCUGACUCUCCUGGUGGUGAAGGUACUGCCCACAUGAGCAUCAUUUCAUCUUUCAGAGGCUUUUGGACUCUCUUUUUCUUGAGGUGGGUGUUUCUCACCUGCUUCCAAGUUACCCUCCUCCCACAAUUACCUCUUCUCCCCCAUUUCCACGUUACCAUUUGGAAGGAGAAGGCAGGGGGAGGUUUGUGGUGCACUGGCAGGGAAUAAAUCCAGCAAGGGUUGAUUUUUGAAUGCUGAAUCACACUCUUUUAAUUGCACAACCCCUACUGGGAGCUGCCUGUGAGGUAUUACAGAAGAUUCCCACUGUCUCUAUUUACUGCACUGUAAAAUUAGUGAUCUGGUUUGUUUCUUUGUCUGGUUUUAGAAGACUUUUCAUUUCGAGCUCUGGUGAAGCUAAUUCUGCCUUGUGGAACUUGAACAGCUUUCCAUCUGGUUCCAUUUUACACCCUCUGCUUAUUAAAGCAGCUGAGGAAAGGGAUGGAACUGGAAAUCAUUCCCAAUUUCAUUGUUUCUGGAAUAAAUCUUGGCAAUUGUGAAAUGGUUUUCUCCCAGCACAGAAUCAGCUCAGGCACCUUAACGCCUUCCUUCCAAAUGCCUUUGGGUGUAUCUAGUGAUGGCCACAGCCUUGUAUAUAAGAGAGAGCUACAGAAAUGUCUUCUGAGGGUGUAAAUAUUCCUGGCUGUAACUAAUUGAUUCUCAUCCUAGUUUUUUAUAGAGGGAAGAAAAAAAAACAACCCCAAACCAAAAACCCAAACCCAAAAUGCUUAUUUGUAAAAUAGAGAAUAAAAUCAUACCUGGAAUGAAUCUUUCACAUGAA